AUGGAGAAAAUGUGGAAGGAUAGAAUCAAGGCGUUAGGACAAGAGGUUUGUUUCACUAUGGGCAAUAAUGGUGAAGGAUCAACUGUGUUUUCCAUGGCUCCACCAAUGAAUGGAGCUGGGGUCGUAAUCUACACGUUUAUACUAUGCUUAUGGCUUGAAGUGAGGAAGGGUUGGCCCAUGCAAGGAAAAAAGAAAGAUAUACCUAUCCCCGUGGGGUCAGAUGAAAAUAUUACUCAAAGUCUUCAACCAUCGCCGUCACCAGCACCGUCACCAUCGCCAUCAUCAUCACAAGGCAUUCCAGUAAUUACAAGACAUGAAAGAAAAAGGACCCUUUUUGAUGGAAUUGAAGAAGGUUUAGCGAGAGCAAGAGCUGCUAUUUACGAAGCAGUUCGGUCACGAAACUCUUCAUCACACAAGGAGGGGAGUCACAUCCCCAGAGGAGCCAUGUACAGAAAUCAAUAUGCUUUUCAUCAGUUAAGUUACGAUUUCGUUUUCUUCUUCUGUUUUCUUUACCUGUUGACUGAUAAAGAUGGAACUCGAAUCGAAGACCUCGCUGCCAUUCUUGUUCUAGGAAGAGUUCCCACUUGA